AUGGCGUUCAAAUGUCAAAUCGUUCCUGAACUCGCCGCCGCUGUUCACGGCGUCACUGAAGAUAUUCCCGAAAGUCCAUCGCCGAAACUGUCUCGUAGUCGAUUGGCGUCAUCGGUGUCCUCGACAAGUUCAUCAAACAACUUCCAUUUACGUUUGUCACCAAGUCAUUCACGACGAAUCUCUCAAGUCAAUGCUCGCAAAGCAUUUACUUAUUUUGACAAGAAUCGUGAUGGAAAACUAAGCAUCAAAGAAUUUCAAUCUGUUAUGCAUGAUUUAGGUUAUAAAGCUGUUGACAAACGUUUCAUCCGGCAGAUGUUCGCCGAAGCAAACCGAAGUGGCAAUUCACAUGUCUUGAGUUAUAAUGACUUUGUUCAAUUUCUUGAAUCAAAAUUAGCUAUCAACACCAAUGAUCAUCUAACAUUAACCGAAGAUUUCGAUGUUUUAUCAGUACCGAAGAUGGAAUUCGAUGUGGAAACCUUAUUCAAUUGUUAUGAUUUGGAUAAGAAUGGUUUCAUCGAGCCGAAAGAAUUACGCAAAGUUAUGAAACGAUUAACUGGAGAGAAAUUAUCCAAACGCGACAUCGAGGAAAUGAUCAGCGUUGCUGACAGAAACGGUGAUGGACUCUUAGAUAAAAGUGAAUUCGCACUUUUAUGCAGUGCAUUUUAA